AUGACCAAAUAUCAACUAGUAUCACAGGAAAUUUCCAGUGAUAAUCAUCGUUUUUACCACUGCUUUUACGAGGUUAGGAUUGACCGACGCAAUUAUAUUUGCUUUAUCUUUAUCGAUAUUUCUUUAAAUGUUUUAUAAUAUUUAAAAACGUAUAUAUGUAUACAAUGUAAUUUCACACUGAUCUAUGCAGAAUUAAAUCUAAUUCAUGUAUUCAAUAUAUUUUUAUUUACAUUGAUUGAGUUAACAAUAAUGAGUUAAUAGUAACAAUCUCAAUAUAAAUAAUAUAAAAAUUGAAAGCAAUAUUUUGAAGGUAUAUAUAUGUAUACAAUAUAAUUUUACAUUGAUCUACAGAAAAUGAAAUUUAAUUCAAAUAUUUAAUAUGUUUUUAUUUAUGUUGAUUAAUUUAAUAAUUAAUAAUGAAUUAAUAGUAACAAUCUUAAUAUAAAUAAUAUAAAAAUUGAAAGCAAUAUAUUAAUAAAAUGAAUACGUGUGAAGAAAAGAUAUUAUGUUAUUUUAACUUUAUAUAAUUUAUAUAUUUUGUAUAUUUUCUACAAUUAAUAUUAAUAAUUUACAAAUUGCUACAGAUUUGUACCGACUUUUUGUUAAAUAGGAAUCAUCAUGAAUGCCAGAACUCAAUUAUUUGAAUUAAGUAUGGAGGGCAGACAAGUGGAUGAAGCAGUAGCAAGUAUCUUCCAUAGUGUUCUUUUUUAUCGAAGUCUUGGUAAAUUUAAAUACAAACAAGAAGGUAGUUACUCAGUGGGCACUGUCGGAUAUCAGGAUGUUGAUUGUGAUUUUAUUGAUUUUACUUAUGUCUGUUGCUCAUCGGUGCACCUGGAUCAAACUUUGAAACGUGAAAUCUCAGGUUUUUCUGAAGCUUUACGUUCCACUGAUAGUCCGGGUUCUGGCCAAAUAUCCUUGGAAUUCUUUCAGAAGAAGAAAAAUCGUUGGCCUUUUCAACCAGAAUGCAUACCAUGGGAAGUAUGGACAGUACGCUUGGAACUUAUAAAAUUAGCAACAGAACAUGAACGUCAGAUAUGUAGAGAAAAGGUUGGAGAUUUAUUAACAGACAAAAUUCUUUACAUAACAGAAGUAAUGAAUCGACAUGACUAUCUACCUAAAAUGCCAAAUCAAGCUGAACUGGAUUUGAUCUUUGAUACAUCAUAUCCUGAUAUACAACCUUAUUUGUUUAAAUUAUCAUUUACAACCUCUAGCCCAUCAAGUACAACAAUGGGAUACAAACAUUACAAGACGAAGAUACAAUAAUGUCGACGCCUGCGCGAGGAAACGGCGGCUUGUCCAUUAGGUUUCGCCAACAAUUUCCCAUUUCCAGUUAUCGAUGGAAAAGACUGGCUGUCACUUCAAAAGCGUUUCAUCGUUAA